CAACAUUGCAGCAUUACAGUUUCAAUCUGCAUCACAGUCGAUAGUACAGUAGAACAGUUCGAUAGUACAGUAGAACGCUGCUUUGAGACAAUAUGAAGCUUUCUCUACUCCUCAUUGUUAUGACAGUGCUUGUGGCCUACGUGUCUUGUAGGCCAGGUGGUGAUGGUGGUGGUGGUCUGCUGGGUGGCCUCGGCUGCCUAUUAGGAGGUAUUCUUGGCGGAGAUCAUCACGAUGGCAACGGUAGCAAUGGAAGUACUAACACCAGUGGCUGCGGCGGCGGCUGCGACGGCCACGGCGGUUUAGUCAAUUUAGAAGUGUUAUGAUUGUAAAGCAGUUUCGCUAUACAGCCAAUACGAAAAGAAAAUAAGAAUUUACUGCUUUAAAUUUUUACCAAGUUGAAAUUCUGAACGUCACAUGGAUAUAGCUACUCUCCAAAGGCAGAUUCUCUGAUCCAACUGAUCCUUUCAGUUAUCCAACUGAUCCUUUCAGAACAUUGUAUGUAACGUAUACGACAUAAUUCCGAGUGACACUCUGUAUGUUGUCAGCGAAAAUUGUAGUUACCAUGUUUUCAAACGAGAUAUUCACUACCUACAAUUCAAUUGAUCAAGUACUUAAAAAUGAAAAAAGAAAAUGCAAAAUAGAAUGUGUCGAAUAGUCGUAUUACCAUUGUAACUGUACAUGUGAAGCAUUUAAAUUGAUAUCUUACUGUCGGAUAAUAAAACCACUUUUUUUUCGUCAA